GGCCAGGAAGGCUGCUGGCAGGCUCAGGUUGGCUGGCAGGAGGUGUCUCUGGUUUUGGGCACGUUGUUUUGGCUCUCUGAGCCCAUCCAUCUUCUCAUUUGUAGAGACAGGAGAUAACGGUGUUUUGCUGGAGGAGCCUGGCUGGCUUUUUGAGCUCUGAUCUUUAUGGAGAGCAGGGCUGUUCUGGUCUACGAUUUUAGCCUGCCUUUGUUCAUGACCCCAUUGCUACUGGUGGCACAAAUGAUAAUAUAAUUACUGCUGUUUCUAAAGGAUAUUGCUCAUUCAGUGUGUGGGGACCGGGAUAAUUCAUGGGCACAAUAUGAGGUCUGACACAAAACAAAUGAGACCAACCCUGUAAGUUGGGAACCAACAGUGGAAGGAGACAGACAAAGAGGCGGGUAUAGAGCAUAUGGUGACCUGCCACAGUGAGACAGGGCUCAGUUUGAUUGCUUCACUUGGGACGAGUGGACGUGGGUUCAAAUAAAGACCUUUUCCUACUGUCAGUCGGAAAAUGUUGGUGUGCAAAAGAGAACAGUGAGUUCAUAUCCAGGCACUGCGCCAGCCCACAGUGCUUUGUCUGUGGAGCAGUGUUUAGCUGAUAAAAACAUCCCUGUGCUUGAGCACCCUGUUCACCAGACUUAUCUCCCAGAGAUCCAAUUGGUGCUCAAAGGAGCCCAUUUUUUUUUCCGGUAGAUGAUGUGAAAGCAAAACCGAUGGAGAUCCUCAACAGCCUUUCAGGACAAGCCCUGUAGAAUUGCUUUGGACACCAGCAGGAGCAUGUGUAGCUGUGGGUCAGCUCGGAAGGGAACUGUUGAAAAGUGAUCAGAGUUGUUUUGCUUAAUUUGUUUAAUAUAAAGAGUUACAGACACAGUCUUGGGUUUUGGUUUUUUUUUUUUGUGACAGACUUCAGAUUUAUUGUAUAUGCUGAUGACAAUGUUGAGCUUUGAAGUGCCAUUGGAAGAUAGCCCCCUGCUUUCUUUCCAGGGGAUGGAGAAAUAUCUUAUUCACAGGAUGCUGUUCCCCCUGCCCCUGCGGGUGGCCUGCAGCCUGCUUGCCUGGCUCUCUCUCUACGCUUGGUUCUGCCAUCGCUACAGACACCGGAAUUACGAAUGGAGCUGCAGGCUGGUGACGCUGACCCAUGGCAUCCUUGCUACUUGCCUCUCUGCUUACAUCGGCUUUAUCGAUGGUCCCUGGCCUUUGAGUCACCCAGGAUCACCGAACACAACUCUCCAGGUACAUGGGCUGUGCCUUAGCUUGGGCUACUUCCUCUUCGACCUUUGUUGGUGUGUGUACUUCCAGACGGAGGGUGCCCUGAUGCUGGCCCACCAUCUGGUGAGCAUUUUGGGCAUCACAGCAUCACUGGCACUCGGGGAGUCAGCUGCGGAGGUCAAUGCUGUCAUCUUUGGUAGUGAGAUCACUAACCCGCUGCUGCAGGCCCGCUGGUUCCUGAAGGAGAUGGGGUGUUACCAGAGUUUCACAGGCGAUGUGGUGGAUUUCUUCUUCGUGGUCCUCUUCACUGGGGUGCGGAUUGGAGUAGGGGCUUGGCUAAUGUACUGUGAACUUGCUUCUCCCAAACCCAGGUGGUACAUUAAGCUGGGUGGUGUCAUCAUGUACGCUGUCUCCUGGGUUUUCAUGGUCAGCAUCUGUCGCUUUGCUAGGAGGAAGAGCAUGAAGAAAUACCACGCUUGGAGGAGUCGGAGGAAUGAUGAGUUCUGUUUGAAAACUAAUGGACAUAUGAAAAACCACUGACUGGAUGCUGAGUAAAGACUUCCUCGAGUCCGCAGUCUGGCAAGGAGGGGAUCAUGCCUGAGAUGCCACUGUCGGGAGAGGAGCCAACACGUUAGCAAUUCUGGAGCUGAAUUUAUCCCUGGCAUAACUCCACUGUAACCCAUGGAGCUAUACCAUGGAUCAUUUGAUCUGCAGUGUUUGGCCUGGCAGAUGCUGUCUCUGUGCGUAUGUAAGCAUACGCUAAAUUAUAUGAGCGAAAGAAGGGCUAAUUUUACCGACUAAACCUAAUGAGUCCAGCAGUGCAGGUGUAAAUAGUGAUGCUAGUAUUUAACUCCUUCAGCAUGGGUAGAAUCUCAGAAGAGAGGAGAAAAUAACACUAGAUCUUCAUGUUCAGUGUUCUGUGACAGCUAGAGUGACUUCAUACUGUUAGGAAGAAGCAUGUCCUAGUGUUUUGUCAGCGUUGGGAUUCCUGGCUCUUCCACCAACUCGUUACGUGACCUUGGGCAAGUCACGUAGCUCUAAUUCUGUGCCUCAUUUCCCCAUCUGUGAUUUGGGGGUGAUGGAGCUGUUCCAUCCGUGUUAUGCACUUUCAGAUCUUUACUUGAGAGGUGCUAUAUACAUAAAAAAAACGAUGGUUGUUACCUGCACUUUGUUCAUUAUCCCGAAGUUUCCUUUGGGAGAAACUAUUUUGGUGGUUGAGCUAGAGUGUGACUCUAGAAGUAUUUUAAGUAGGUUGUUGUUUCCUACCCUUUCUAAUUCAUUUUAAUAACUUAUUUAAUAACAUAUUGAUAACUUAUUUUCCAGUAGUGUCCAGAAGCUCUAACAGCACUGGCGCCUUGCAGGACCAGGUACUCUGUGAAUGCACCCUAAGAUGCAGCCCUCAAUGUGAAACGCUCUUCUGACUUUCCUCUCUUCUUCAUCUCUGAUUGUUAAAACUCCACCCAAAUACUGCUUUUAGCUCCUUGAGUGACCAGCGCUUUAUGAGAAGCCCUAACCGGACUUGCCAGUAAAUGGGUUCCCGGCUGAUGGACCAAGUGCUGGUUUGCUUGCAGAAUGACAAAAUUCCCUCUGCUGUUCCUACCAGCCCAAAUGCAGGCAUACAGUGAGACCCAACAGCAUGUUGAGGCUGCCAAAUACCUUCCCCAAGCUUAAGUAACUUAAGAAUUAAGAACAGUAAAUGCAGAGUAUUUUACUGCAGCGAGCUGCAAACAAUCUGUACUUGCCAGUUUUGGCAUUCUAAAGGGAAAAGGGGCCAGAACCCGUUUUGUAGUGAAUGCUGUGUAUUUCUGUUGCCCUUGAAAGUGUCAUCCCAGCUCCAGAUCAGUGCAGCUGAACCCAGAGUCUGCCACAGUGGUUGGGGAGAGCAGGGUGCUAUAGGCAAAUAUCUUGGGAGCCCUGUGAAAAAAGAGUUGAAAACCACUUGAAAACAGCAUUAAUGUUUUUCUCCAGGACCGCAGAUGCCAGUUUCAACAAGAGGGUUUCCUCAGAUACAGAUUGAAUUUCUGGUUGAAGAGUGGCCAACUUGCAUCUUCAGCUUGGUGGCUAAGGUGGAAGAGCUACCCAGCUUCAGAUCUGUCCUCUACCCUGCUCAAGGCAGAGACCAAACCUUGGCUUUCCUUCGUCUGAAUUGAUACCUUGACCCUUUGAGUUCUCUCCUGUCCCGCUGGUCAGAUAUGGGCCACUUUAUAAGAGUGAGCAUUUGUAGGGUAAGAGAGACUUAUUUUAUGGCCUAAUAAAUAAAGAAGUGAGAGGCACAGAAUCUGGCCUUUUUGAGCAAAAAAGUGCGAACCUGACCAGGAGAAAAACUCAGCAGUUACUUAUCUGGUCCCACCAGCAGGGAAAAACUGUCCUCCAGUUGGCCCCUUCCGGUGUUUAUCUCACUGUGUAUUCUCAAGCACUGUUCCUUUGUUAUUGGUGUCAUUAUGAUGAUUUCUUUUGAGCCUCAGCACCAAGCCUCCAGCGCAGCUCAGGUGCCAGCUCUGCUCUGAGCCUUGCCUGUCGCAGCCAAAGACCUGGAGAGCCCAGAGCCCUUCAGCUUAGCGGAGCCGACUGGUGGGUGAGCUGGUCCUUAAAAGGACAUUUGACUCAUUUAGCACAGCGCAGUGAUAUGACUAUUAAGCCUUGAAGGCAGAUGACAAGGGCUAUUUGGGGCUUGCUGGUUCUUUCCCAGCUCUGCUGCUGCUUUCAAGCAUGUCAAAGAGCCUUUCUGCCUCAGCUUACCCACUUUAUUCAGUGGGUACAGUAUUGCCUACCUCGUGGGGUGUUUUCAUUCGUUAGCACUAAGCCACCUUUAAUGCUUGGUGGUCUGUGUCAAGCUGUGCUGUCUAAAGGCAAAAUGCCAUUGCUUUUUGAGUGAAGCACUUCUCACUAUGAUCCCAUUGUCACUACUUUGUCACCCGAACAUGGCACUUCCCCGCAUCUGGUUUGCCUCACAAGUGCAGGAACCCAAGGUGUUCUGCAGUGGUGCUACGGGGAGGAGUCAAAAUGAGUAAGCUAGAGAGGUGUGUAAAGCUCAGCCCUGCUGCUUCUUGUUCAGGUGGAAUCCCAAGUUGAAGAAAGGAUGUCUGGUGGCUUUUCUCUAGGAAGGAUUGCAGUAAAUGUGGAGCCAGAAGCAUUUCAGCAGCUGGCCUGACCAGGGAAUAAGGGCUUCUAGCAGCAAGUCCUGAAGAAGUGUAGGUGAAACCAGCCUGUUGGGUGCUGCUGUUCACUCGCCCACCAAGAGGUGUUUUCUGAGCACUUCUGAUGAUUUGGACUCUGAGUUCCCGUGAGGUUUGGUGUGCAGCUUCAUGCAUGGUCCCAGCCCUUCUGUGGGGGCUGUACACCCAUUCCUGCCCAUAACGACUGCAGUGACUGCAGGUAUCUACGAAACACCUUGUGUGAAGAUGUUUUGAAAGGUAGUGCACUUAGUGGCUGAGUGGUCCCCUUCUUUGAACUGGGGGAAAAUUGGCUGGAAGAAGUAGCAUGGUGUGAUGGGUGUUGAGGCUUUAGAAGUUAAAUAAGGGCACCAGAAAAAAAAAAAGCAAGUAGGAACGGCUUUAUCAGUUAGAGCUAUCAAUGAUGUCUCAGAGUGAGGUGUUGUAGUCUGUCUAGUGAGGUCCAGCAUAGAAUUGCAGACCCAGGAAGAAGUAGGAUCAUUUUUAAGCUAUUGGAGCACGUGCUGGGACCUGUCCUCUGGCUAGUCCGUAGUGGUUAGAGCAAACUGGAAAAGGAAACUGCAGAACUAGUGUGAAAUGAUAACUUGUGUUUGAAUUACUGUGUAAUAGCAACUAAUGUUCCACCAGU